AUGAAGGUCGGUGUGUCAAAGACUAAGUCUACAAAUGAACCAAGAAAGAUAGAUGGACCAAGUGAUGUAGUAAUAAUGGAUAUUGAGAAGGGAAAGAAACCACUUGGUGGAGCAUCCACAAUUAUCCCGAAUCCAAGAGGUCUAUUUGGUCACGGUAAAAGAUCAAGUCAGAUAACAAAGAACAAUACCUCUAUACAGGCUCCAACAAAGAAAAUAUUCAAUGAAUCAUCCUUCCUAUCCGAUGGCAUGGAUAUUGACAAACCAGAACCAAAGGCAACAAACACUACCACCACAUCGCUGCCAAAGAAUAUGACAGUGCCCUCAGCAACAACAGCCAUCCCCACCAAGCCCCCAACAAUCCCUCCAACUAAACCAGGCCGUCCACUAACAGUUGAGGAAAUAGUAGGGGUCAACAACCGGUCGACAUCCACAUUAACGACAAGUCGACACUCUCAACCUCCUCAUAACAAGGAACUACAGAGUUUGAAAGUUCGUGCCGCUGUAGAGGAGCAGAUGAUGAAGGAGGAUGUACAUGACAACUUUGUCAUUGUCAAGAAUCAAAGGAACAACAAGGCAUUUGGCAAGCUGAUCGAGAGAGCAGACCUGACUAUAUCAACGCUGGACGACAUGACCGAUAUGACACACAAGACCAACGCAUCCAUGGAGGAGAUAUGCGCCAGCUCUGAACAACUAAGGGAUGUACGUAGUACUACUGAGACAUUGUCAAAGGCUGGCUGCUAUCAAGGAGUUGACAAAAGAGGAGUUGGAGUUGGAGUAGUUGUGGUAGUUGGUGAAGAGUGA